GUUGCCCUCUACCAGGCAACAUGCAUAUGGACUUAUUAUUUCAACGUCUUAUUGUAUGGCCAAAUCACGGAUCGAAGUCCUCACUUUGUUGGAGGAGAUUCCAAAUUCAUCAAGCCAUAACCAUGUGAACUGGAUAUAAUGCAGGUCCUAUUAUGAAUGAAUUGGGGAAGGUUCCCAUUUUCUUCAACUGGCACUUUGCCGGGCACUCGAAGAGCUCGGAUGCUUCAAGGCAAUACUUCCACUUCUGGGCAGAAAACCUUUGGAAUUGUUAAUGGCACAAACCCUCAAGAAACUCAGGACUUCACACAUCAUUUUUGGCCAACUGGAAACGACCAAUUUCGUGAGAGUGUUGAUUUAUAUGCGGAAGUGAUGGCAGAGAUAGAUGAAGCUGUGACAGGAAUGGUAUUUGAAAGCUAUGGUGUGGAGAAAUACCAUGACGAUCAAUUCCGAUUGACUUUUCACAAUCUCCGGCUUAUAAAAUACAAAGUACCCGAGAAACUUGGAGGUGACAUGGUUUUACGCAGUCAUACAGACAAGACCUUUUCCACCAUCCUCCAUCAGAAUUAUGUCAAUGGCCUGGAGAUCAAUACAAAGAAUGAUGAGUGGGUAGCUUUUGAUCCUCUGCCUUCCUCAGUGGUAUUCAUAGCAGGUGAUGCAUUUCAGGUUUGGAGCAACGAUCAAAUCCGACCCUAUAGAUACAAAGUCACAUUGAGGGAAAAUGAGGUAAGAUAUUCUUUCAGAGUCCUUUCACUAUACAAAGGGGUGAUACGAGUACCAAAUGAGCUGGUGGACAAGGACCACCCUUUACUCUACAAGCCUCUUAGUCAUUUGGAAUUUCUUAAUGCACGGAAAAGUGUGGGCGAAACUGAGUAUGCCGGCAAGGCAUAUUGUGCCAUUUGAUCAAUUUUCUUAGUUCCACGGCUCACUCCAAGUCCAACCUCUUGCCUAUUUUUUUUUUUUUUGGUCUGAAGCUCUUGCCUAUUUGGUUCUCUUCU